AUGAAUCGUACAUUGGGCGAUAUGAAAAGAGCAGAGGAGAUCAAGGAAAUGGACCCCGUUUCAAUUAAGAUUCGUGACUGGGUUGCUGGGAAGGAGCGGAAUAUUCGCGCUCUUCUAGGAUCUUUGAACGAUGUGCUCUGGGAGGGUGCUGAAAAGUGGCAGCAGCCUCGAAUGGCCGACUUGCUUACUGCAGCUCAGGUGAAAAAGAGUUACUACAAAGCAUGCUUAGUUGUGCAUCCAGAUAAGCAAGUUGGAGAAGAACACGAAAAACUCGCAAGAGCGAUAUUUACUGAACUUAAUGACGCUUGGAAUGCAUUUGAACAGGCUGGUAGUCAGUCGCUGUAG